CGCUUGCCAAACCAGUUUGGAGAGGAGAACUAGUUCCCCCGGACAGGUAAAUAGCACAAAAUGUUUGGGCUAUUAGGGCAUCUGUUCAAGUUGCAGUUCGUCUUCGUGGUGGCCGCCGUUUUCGCCGGCAUUUACCACGUCGAGAUUAGGCAAUUCCUGCGCCAAUACUCGGACUUUUAUUUGAACAAAGCCGGCCAGGAGGAUGCCAUUCCGGUAAAGUACCAAGCCGGGCUCUUUACACCGGCUGAACUCUCACAGUUUGAUGGCGAGGAAGGUCGUCCGAUUUACCUGGCCCUGCUGGGAUCGGUCUUCGAUGUCUCCCGGGGCAUCAAGCACUAUGGAGCCGGCUGCAGCUACAACUUCUUUGUCGGUCGGGAUGCCUCCGUGUCGUUUAUUUCCGGUGAAUUCGAGAAUUACAACCCGGAAACGGCGGACGAUGUGCUCACCCUGAAGCCGGAUGACCUGUUAGGCCUGGCCAACUGGCGUGACUUUUACGAGAAGGAUUACGUCUACAAGGGCAAGCUCAUAGGUCGUUUUUACGAUGACCAAGGACAACCAACCACCUAUUACCACAAGUACCUGGAGCUGCUGCAGCUGGCCCAGGUAGCCAAGAAGCAGGUGGAGGAGCUGCGCUCCCGCUACCCGGGCUGCAACAUUGAGUGGAGCGAGGCCACGGGUACCCGGGUGUGGUGCACCAAUUCCAGCGGUGACGGCAAGGAGCGCUCCUGGGCAGGACAUCCGCGAAAACUGUAUAGCCGCGGCAACAAGAGCUUCCAGUGCGCCUGUGUGCCGGAGUCGGAGCUGGAUGAGAUCGAUGCGAGCGGCAAGGCAGCCAUUGGGGAUGCCAUGCUCAAGCCCUACGACAAUUGUGAGCCGCGGGCAAAGGAGUGCUUCUACAGGGUAUGAGCGAAAGGGAGCUGCAUAUGUGUAAAUACCUGUACUUAACUCGUAAUAAAGCUAGAUUUCUUUGAGUGUA